CAACAACGCCGACAACACAGUAAGCAAUCUUCUGUCAACAAAGCGGAGACAACGAAGCUGGGAAUUAUAAUAUACCCACGAACACAGAUAUGAUUCUCCCACUUGCUGUUCUUGUCAUCAUUGGUACAGUCAGUGGACUGGACAAUGGCCUUGCCAGAACUCCGCCCAUGGGAUGGAUGUCUUGGCAGAGAUUUCGUUGUAUAAUAGAUUGUGAAAAUCAACCAAAAGAUUGUAUCAGUGAACGAUUGUUUAUGGAUAUGGCUGACAGACUGGUAGAUGAUGGUUAUGCUGCUGUGGGGUACAAGUAUGUCAACAUAGAUGACUGCUGGAGUUCAAAAGAACGAGAUGGUGAAGGCCGUCUCCAGGCUGACCCAAAACGAUUUCCAAAUGGAAUGAAAACCCUUGCUGAUUAUGUUCACAAUAAAAGUUUGAAGUUAGGGAUCUAUGGGGACUUUGGGACAUACACAUGUGGAGGUUAUCCAGGCAGUAAGUUUUACAUGCAGUCGGAUGCUCAGACAUUUGCCUCAUGGGGCAUAGACAGUCUCAAACUGGAUGGUUGUUACACUGGCACAGGUGAUAUUCCUAUAGGUUACCCGAUUAUGGAGGAGUUCCUAAAUUCGACGGGGAGACCUAUUCUUUAUUCCUGUAGCUGGCCUGCAUAUCUACAAAAACCAAACUAUCAGAAUAUAGCUGCAAGUUGUAAUAUAUGGCGAAAUUAUGGUGACAUCCAAGACUCUUGGGACAGUGUAGUAUCAAUUAUCAACUUCUACGGAAAAGAUUCUGGAAACUUCAGCAGUGUGGCAGGACCUGGAAAUUUUAAUGAUCCUGACAUGUUAAUCAUUGGAAACUUUGGAUUGAGCUAUGAACAGCAACGUGUACAGAUGGCCAUGUGGUCUAUCUUAGCUGCACCUCUCCUUAUGUCGAAUGAUCUGCGUCUGAUUAGAAAAGAGUCGCGAGAAUUACUGCAGAAUAAGGGUGCUAUAUCCAUCAACCAAGACCCGCUGGGAAUUCAGGGAAAACUUAUUGCGACUAUGGGUAAAAUUCAGAUUUGGAAUAAACCAAUAACUCCAGUAGGAAAUUUUGCCUUUGCAAUCUUGAAUCUUGGAGAUGGAGGGCCAGGAUCACUGAUCUCUGUGAAGGGUGCCACACUGGGACUGAUGGCUAGCCAAGGAUACAAUAUCACAGAUGCCUUCACUGGGGAAUUUGUUACUGUGAUCAAACCAAGCUCAUAUUUCAACCUUACGGUGGUACCAUCUGGUGUUUUCUUGGGAAAAGCUUACCUGAACACCAUGUCAUAAGAUAGUGGAUGUUAAAAUGAUUUUACCUGGGUGAUAACAAAAUUUCUGAAAAACAAAAAACUCUGUUUUAGUAAUUUCUGUUGGAUUCUAAAUAUUUUGGAUUUUAUUUUUGAUGAUAUUUUUACAGGGACAUUUGAAAGCAGAAAAAUAAUUUGAAAAUUGAAUCUCCAAUUUCAAUCAUUUGCUGCAUUUAGAUAAAGCUUAGAUCUAUAUACACAAACAGAAAAUCUCCACUUCAACCUUUUCUCACAUUUAAGGAAAUUGUUAACACAAGAACAAUUGCAUGCAGUUGAAGUAUCAUGACCCUACUACAUAUAAAUGAUCUGCUUUCAAGGCCCAGCUAUCAGUUUUACCUAAAAAUCUAAAUUUACAGCCUAUUAACAAUAUGAAAUUUCCUUUGAUCUUACAAACACCUUGUAGUAUUUUUUGGCCAUCUGACAUGUAUUUUUUGUGCUUUUAUUUUAUGAUGUACUUUUCACAGAAGUAAUUAGAAUGAUAUAUCAUGCUUAAAGCCAUAUAUUCUUAACCAUUUCUUUCAGCUAGUGCAAAUGUAUGGGUUGGUUGCAUUUUUGGGACAUACAUUUCUGCUGACUUUCACAUUUUAUGUAAAGAGAGAGAUUGUAAGAUGAAGGAUUGUCUUUUUUUCACAGAGAGUGAGAUUUUGAUGGUAGUUUGCCAUAAUAUUGUCUUUCAAUUUAAUUUUCCUUCCAUGUGGAAGAUUUUCCAGUAAAUACUUAACUUACCCUUUGUGUUGUUGCAAGCUCACACAGGUGGAAAAGAAUAGUGUAUUUUGAUACUCCUUCCUUUGUGUUAUAAUCAGAGAUAGAUAUACAAUGUAUAUACAAAUUAUAUGUAUUUACUGUAAAAUCUUAAAAUUUUGUGAGAAUUUAUUUUUGUCGAUAUCCUGGGUUCUCUUUAUCUAAAUAUUCAUACAUCCAUGGCCUGAUGAACUUAGAAUUGGGCUUUAUUUAUGCAUAAAAAUACAGAAGAAAAACAAAUUUCCUUUUUCAAAAGCCAAGAAAAUUCCCCUCCUAGAUAUAUCAUCAUACAAUGUUUAAAUAUAUUAUCAAAAAAUAAUUUUGUGAACAAUUUGAAGUCAACCAGGUACCACUAUCUAUGUAAGUAUGUGUAGUUUGUUAAGAUGGAAUAUAGCAAACACCCUCUUUGGUCAUUUUUAGGGAAGGUAUGUGAUUGAUUUAGCCUGAGUAUGUGUGAAAUAUUUUGGCCUUUGUGUAAAGUUCUCACAAGUUUCACUGUGUGGAAACUUUGCUUUACUUGGUGUACCAAAUACAAAACAAGACAAUAUCAUUUGUAUCAUCUGUCAGGAAUAAAAUCUAAUACAAGGCAUUUCUUGUUGCUCAGUUAAAUUUGAUAUUUUUGAUAUGUAACGUACUAAAGUAACAAGCUAUAUACACAGCAUUAAUUAAAUGUGAGUACCACAACGUCAGCUACAGACAACAGUUAAAGGGUACCAAUGUAAAUGGGAUUGGCCCGUUAGGGAGAACAUAUAAGCCCUAUCUCACCCAUUAGGAAGUUUUCACUCAUGUUGAAUAGACUCUGUACAUGCCUUAAAAUGAUAUACCUGGAUACUUUUAUUGUCAUCUGGUUUUGACUUCAGUAGGUAAACAAAUUCAAGAUUCAUACAACCAUUCCAUAAUGUAUCUUUGUUUGUUAUUGAUUCAAUUCUUACAAUAUCUGGAGCCUAGAAUUGGUUUUUUUUUUCUACAUGAAUGUAAAUAUAAAUUUCUUCAAAAUUUUUCAUUGAACAUUGGAGAUUUAUUUUGAAACUUAACAGUACAAAGGACAAUGUAAUUUUGUACACAU